ACCACCUCUGUCCUGUGCUUGCCUCAGCUGAAGAGCCACUGUCAUCUUUGUUAUUAUCAGCACUACUACUUCUGCUUUCACCAAACUGUAGAAACCAGGUGAGUUUUUGAUUUUCACUCACAGGAAGAGAGACUUUGUUUUGAAGCAAAUAUGUUGUUAUAGCAUUUGUUCUGCUCGGUGCAGGAAGCCAGUAGUGUACAGUUACCUUACAUAUUAGAAAUACCUAGAAAGCAGCAGCAUUUUCUCUUUGAUCCAUCAAACAAGUGAAGCAUGAAAUACUUUCUCUGUUCAGAGCUCAUCUUGCAUAACUAGAAACCAGAAGAUCUUUCAUCUCAAAGUGAUUAUUAAAAAAAAGUGAUGAUUUUGUUAAAUAAAAUUGUCAUUAUUAUUUCUGUCUCACAACAGUCUUAUAACAGUCAACAGUAUUCUUUUAUGUGUUUAUGAUUUUUCCUUUGUUGUAUCAAUAUUUCAACAAUCGUGUGAACUUUCUGUAGUUUUGCAGUAAUUGUUUGUAGCUUUGAUCAUUUUAUACAUUUAAAACAUAACCAAACUUGCUGCAGAGCCUUGAUACUACUCAUAGUAACAAUAAACUGAGGAAUAAUGAGUUUGCCCCUUUCAACAUUGUUAAGCUUUGAUUAUUAAUGAAAAUGGUUAUCUGAAAUGACUCAGUCUUAACCCCUGUUUUGAGAUAUUUAGUGCAAACAUUUUGCAGCUUUAAUACAGAAUGGUAUGCCAUCGAUAGGUACAUUGCUGCUACAGAGAGGGACUAUAGCAGGUCAGGAAUUUGGACUAAAUAGUGGCACUCAAGGUCAACUGAAGGUCUUGCUGCACCUCUGUUAUCCCUGAUGACUAAUGAAUCUACCUCUGUGUGUCUGUAUGAGCUAGGAUGGUGUCUCCUGCUGUUGCUUUGGCCUUUCUUCCCCUCCUGCUGACAUUCAUAAUCAGGUACCGCUACUACUUUGUGCUGUUCUACCGGGCAGUCCUUGUCAGGAUAUGGCAAGACUGUGUUACUGGUAUGAGUCGAGAGGAGCGUGCCUACCAGUAUGUUCUCACUCAUGCGACCCCUGGAGAUCCUGACAGCAUCCUGGAUGCCUUUGAUGUCUGGUGCAGCAAGGUGGAGUAUAUCAGCAACAUUGGGCCUAAAAAGGGGAAGAUCCUGGACCGGCUGGUGAUGGAGCAGAGCCCUUUGGUAGUGCUGGAGCUGGGUUCCCACUGUGGGUACAGUACUGUGAGGAUUGCCCGGGCUUUGCCACUGGGUGCCAGGCUCUACAGCGUGGAGAUGGACCAGAACAAUGCUGACAUCACUGAGAAAAUCAUCCGCCUGGCAGGGUUUGAUGAUGACACGAGCUCAUUGUGAACCCAUCUGAUGAAGUGAUCCCUCAGCUGCGGUCUAACUAUGGGUUGGAAAGGAUAGAUUUUGUCUUUAUGGACCACUGG